AUGUCGCCGCUUCACCUCGUCACCAUCAUCUCUCUGUAUCCUCUUUUGGGAGUCUCUGCUACCGUCGCGCGGGUGGAAUCCCACGCCAAAAUCGACGAGAGGGGAGAACAGAUCCGCUUCCGAUCAGCCAAGCAGCCACCGUCGGAAUCUCAACCGUCCAAGAAGCUGGAUACGUCGGCACAUCUGAAAACGGCUUCCGAGACCGAACUCGACUCCGACUCCGAUUCCGACGCUGACUCUGACCCUGCUGCGCCGGAGAUCGUCGUGCAUGCUCUGGAUGGUGUAGAACGGGAUUUGGUGAAGAAGCUAAGGGAGAUGGCAGAGGGAUCAGAACGUGCUGAACUGAAGAAAAGGUUGAAUAAGUUGGAUGUUAAGUAUCUAGAGUUCCUCGUCGGGUGA